GUGCGGCCCGGGCCCGGCACCCUCACGGCUCCCCCGCCGGCGGCGGCGCCCACAGCCCGGGCCCCGAUGAGUAACUCCCGCAACAACCGGGUGAUGGUGGAGGGGGUCGGCGCCCGCGUAGUGCGCGGCCCAGACUGGAAGUGGGGCAAGCAGGACGGUGGCGAGGGCCAUGUGGGCACUGUGCGGAGCUUCGAGAGCCCGGAGGAGGUCGUGGUGGUGUGGGACAACGGCACGGCCGCCAACUACCGCUGCUCCGGGGCCUACGACCUGCGCAUCCUGGACAGCGCGCCGACCGGCAUCAAGCAUGAUGGAACUAUGUGUGAUACUUGCCGCCAACAACCAAUCAUUGGCAUUCGAUGGAAAUGUGCAGAGUGUACAAAUUAUGAUUUGUGCACCGUUUGUUAUCAUGGAGAUAAGCACCACUUAAGGCAUCGCUUUUAUAGGAUCACUACACCAGGAAGUGAACGGGUUCUGUUAGAGUCUCGUAGAAAAUCUAAGAAGAUUACAGCCAGAGGAAUCUUUGCAGGUGCCAGAGUGGUACGAGGAGUGGACUGGCAGUGGGAAGAUCAAGAUGGGGGCAAUGGGCGUAGAGGAAAGGUAACGGAAAUCCAAGACUGGAGUGCAUCAAGCCCACACAGUGCAGCGUACGUUCUCUGGGAUAAUGGUGCUAAGAACCUUUACAGAGUUGGCUUUGAGGGCAUGUCUGAUCUGAAGUGUGUCCAGGAUGCCAAAGGAGGUUCUUUCUACAGAGAUCAUUGCCCUGUGUUAGGUGAGCAGAAUGGCAACAGGAAUCCUGGUGGAUUGCAGAUUGGUGACCUGGUAAAUAUAGACCUUGACCUGGAAAUCGUACAGUCUUUGCAGCAUGGUCACGGAGGAUGGACUGAUGGGAUGUUUGAGACUUUAACUACAACUGGAACUGUCUGUGGCAUUGAUGAAGAUCAUGACAUUGUAGUGCAGUAUCCAAGUGGCAAUAGGUGGACCUUCAAUCCUGCUGUUCUCACUAAGGCAAACAUUGUCCGAAGUGGGGAUGCUGCACAGGGAGCAGAAGGAGGCACCUCGCAGUUUCAAGUGGGUGAUCUUGUGCAAGUUUGUUAUGAUCUGGAAAGAAUUAAACUUCUCCAAAGAGGACACGGUGAAUGGGCUGAAGCAAUGCUUCCAACUUUAGGUAAAGUUGGCCGAGUACAACAGAUUUAUUCAGACAGUGAUUUAAAGGUGGAAGUUUGUGGAACUUCUUGGACAUACAAUCCUGCAGCAGUUUCCAAGGUGGCUUCUGCAGGAUCUGCCAUUAGCAAUGCGUCUGGUGAAAGACUGUCACAGCUUCUGAAGAAAUUAUUUGAAACCCAAGAAUCUGGUGACCUCAAUGAAGAACUGGUUAAGGCUGCUGCCAAUGGGGACGUGGCUAAAGUGGAAGAUUUGCUGAAGAGACCAGAUGUGGAUGUGAAUGGGCAGUGUGCUGGCCACACAGCUAUGCAGGCUGCUAGUCAAAAUGGACAUGUUGAUAUUUUGAAGUUACUUUUGAAACAAAAUGUAGAUGUAGAAGCAGAGGAUAAAGAUGGAGAUCGAGCUGUUCACCAUGCAGCCUUUGGAGAUGAGGGUGCUGUUAUCGAAGUCCUGCACCGAGGCAGCGCUGACCUGAAUGCUCGUAAUAAGCGCAGGCAGACUCCUCUGCAUAUCGCUGUCAAUAAAGGUCAUCUUCAGGUUGUGAAGACGCUGCUGGAUUUUGGUUGUCAUCCCAGUCUCCAGGAUUCUGAAGGUGACACCCCUCUCCAUGAUGCCAUAAGUAAGAAGCGGGAUGACAUCCUGGCAGUUCUUUUGGAAGCUGGAGCAGAUGUGACCAUCACAAACAACAAUGGGUUCAAUGCCCUGCACCAUGCUGCACUGAGAGGAAAUCCCAGUGCAAUGCGUGUUUUACUCUCAAAAUUACCAAGACCAUGGAUUGUGGAUGAGAAGAAAGAUGAUGGUUAUACUGCCUUGCACCUGGCUGCUCUGAAUAAUCAUGUGGAAGUUGCUGAAUUGUUGGUGCAUCAGGGAAAUGCAAACCUGGAUAUCCAGAAUGUGAACCAGCAAACAGCCCUACACCUUGCUGUUGAACGGCAGCACACCCAGAUUGUUAGGCUUUUGGUCCGUGCAGGUGCUAAGCUAGACAUUCAGGAUAAGGAUGGAGAUACCCCUUUACAUGAGGCUUUAAGGCAUCAUACUUUGUCUCAGCUACGCCAGCUACAAGACAUGCAAGAUGUGGGGAAAGUAGAUGCUGCCUGGGAGCCAUCAAAAAACACAUUAAUAAUGGGACUUGGUACCCAGGGGGCAGAAAAGAAGAGUGCAGCAUCUAUUGCCUGUUUCUUGGCAGCCAAUGGUGCCGACCUCAGCAUUCGAAAUAAGAAGGGUCAAUCACCACUGGAUCUCUGUCCUGACCCAAGUCUCUGCAAAGCGCUGGCAAAAUGUCAUAAGGAAAAAGUCAGUGGCCAAGUGGGUUCUCGGAGUCCUUCUAUGAUUAGCAAUGACUCUGAAACCUUGGAGGAAUGUAUGGUGUGCUCAGACAUGAAGAGAGAUACUCUUUUUGGUCCCUGUGGACACAUUGCGACUUGUUCUUUGUGUUCCCCACGUGUCAAGAAAUGCCUCAUCUGUAAAGAGCAGGUUCAGUCCAGGACAAAGAUUGAAGAAUGUGUGGUGUGCUCUGACAAGAAAGCAGCUGUUCUCUUUCAACCUUGUGGACACAUGUGUGCUUGUGAGAACUGUGCCAGCCUGAUGAAAAAAUGUGUGCAGUGCCGGGCAGUGGUUGAACGAAGGGUGCCUUUCAUCAUGUGCUGUGGUGGGAAGAGUUCGGAGGACCCCUCUGAUGAUGUCUCAAGUGGGACUAUUCCAGUGCUGCAGAAGGACAAAGACAACACCAAUGUCAAUGCAGAUGUACAGAAGCUGCAGCAGCAGCUGCAGGACAUCAAGGAGCAGACAAUGUGCCCUGUGUGUUUGGAUCGUCUGAAGAACAUGAUUUUCCUCUGUGGCCACGGAACAUGCCAGCUCUGUGGAGACCGGAUGAGCGAAUGCCCAAUUUGUCGCAAGGCAAUUGAACGGAGGAUUCUUUUGUAUUGACUAAGAGACACAGUGUGUUGUUAGUUGAAGUAUGUGAUCAUGAGAUCUUAGUAGGUUCUAAAGCUAAUGGGAAGUUUAAUAUAAUGGGCUAAUUUGAAAUUUCAUAAUUUUGUAUUAGAAUGUAAUUAGACUGUAUAUGUACCACCAUCACAACGAAAACAUACAGUGUUUGAAAUUG